UGUUGAAGAAUAUGUUAUUGCGCUGGUUUAUAUGCCGAGUAUUUACCAUGUGUUUCACCUUUUUAUUUUAUUAUGUGAAUGUUUGGUGCAAGUAUCAGAAGGCAAUAGAAGACGGCACUAUUGACGAAUUUGACCACAAAAAUCCUCCUCUAAAUGACAAAGUUUUAGAAGUAAUAAAACCAAUUUAUGAAAGUUUAUCAGCUGAUUCUUUAUUGGAACGAUGUUUGGGUUCUGAAACCCAAAAUAAUAACGAAUCUUUGAAUUCGUUAAUUUGGACUUUUGCUCCGAAGCACAUUCACGCUGGACCGAAGACAAUUGAAAUUGCCACUUUCUUCGCAGUUAGUAUUUUUAAUGAAGGUUUUAUACCUAUAUUAAAAAUCUUAGAUGUUAUGGGAAUCACGAUUGGCCCAGAAGCUAAUGCUUUUGCAGCGAGACGGGACGAAGCGCGUAUCGAGCGCUCGGAACUCCGGACUUCAGAGGCGUCAAAGGAGGGUAGAACUGCACGUCUUCACAAGAGAAAAUCGGAGAAUGAGCAUUUUGAAGUAGAGGAAGGAUUCUUAUAGGGAGCAGGAAUCGCCGAUUAAAAAUAUAUCACCAGGAGGGUUAGAAUAAUGCACGCCAGGACACCCUCUUUUUUUUUGACCCCCCACUUUGACUGCUCAUAACUUUGUCAAUUUUAAUUUUUUUUUUUAAUAAUUUUUUUAUGU